AUGCUAAGGUUAGUGACUAGAAGCUUACCGAGAUUGACACGUUCUUCUGCUGGGGGUAUGCUGGUGCGUGGCUCCCUGCUGCAAUCGUUCUCCACCAGUGCGCGAUUCAAUAACAGUAUCACUGAAGAUGAAGCCAAGAUCGUCUUGAAGGACAAGAACAGGCCCUUGAGAGUGGACAGAGAGUUGCCUGACCCAACCCAGGAAAGAAAGAAGCGAAUACUUGGGUUCGUGGUGUUUUCCGUGGCCAUUGGGUCUGCGCUAUCGUUGAUCUUCAACUAUGAGAAAACUGAGUCCCCCAUCAUCUCUAACUCGCUGUACCAUAUAAGAAGGUCUCCAGCAACCAGAGACAUACUGGGCGAAAGCAUAGAAUUCGACGGCAUCAUUCCCUGGGUCUACGGUGAACUGAACUCUGUCAAGGGUAAAAUCAAUAUCACGUUCUAUAUCAAGGGGGACAAGAACGUUUCUGGGACCGUUAGACUGGUCGCCGAUAGGAAUACUCAUGACGAGGAGUUUUUGAUUCACGAAUGGAGCGUCACCGCCGGUGGCAAGAAGAUUGAUCUUCUAGCCGAGAACUCCAAGAGACCUAUUUAG